UGCCACCUGUCAGUGUCCAUCAAUGCCAGCUAUCAGUGCCACAUAUCAGUGGCCAUCUGAGCUGCCUUUCAGUGUCACCCAUCAGUGCCAGUCAGUGCCACCCAUCAGUGCCGCCAAUAAGUGCCACCUACCAGUGCCAGUCAGUGCUGCCUAUCAGUGUGCAUCAGUGCUGCCUAUCAGUGUGCAUAAGUGCCACCUAUCAGUGCCCAUCAGUGCCGCCUAUCAGUGACACAUAUGAGUGCUGCCUUUCAGUGCCCAUCAGUGAUGCCUGUCAAUGCCCAUCAGUGCCACCUACCAGUGCCUCCUCAUCAGUGCCCAUCAGUGCCACCUAUCAGUGUCCACCAGUGCAGCCUAUCUGCCCAUCACUGCAGCCUCAUUAGCGCACAUCAGUGA